AUGGACCGAUCUGUUCACGACUACUCGCAGACAGGUUUGCCCUCGCCCUAUCCAAGCAGCUUCAGCGACAAUCAUUCUGAAGGCUCGACUGUAGAUCACGCGUCAGACGCGCAGUAUCCCGUCAAGCAAGAAGUUAGCUACCCGAGCUCGGCGACUCCCACCUCUGAGUACGGCGUGUAUCCUCAGUCCUCGCGAUCAGGAACCUUCCAGGAGCACAUCCAGCGUUCAUACCAUCCUGCGAGCAGCACUGGCAGCGGAGGUAUGGCGCAGCAACAGAACAGUCCGUCAUUCACCCAGCAGGAUGGGCGAAACCAUCAAGCCCAUGCCGUUCAUUCUGACACCGAUGUGCCUAUAGACCCGUCCAUCGCGGCACCCAGCCCUACUUACCCUUACGGCCAGCACUCGCCGUACGCGGCAAAUCCAGACAUGGCGCACAACUACUCGCACACAAACAGCGGCAUGUAUACCCAGCCUCGUCCCGACUGGACAGGUUAUUCUCAGCACAGCAGUCAAAUCGCGCCUGGGCAUCAGAUGUACUCGCAAUCUCAGGCCUCACAACAGGCUCAACAAAGGCCGAAUCAGGUGUACUCGUUCGUGCCAAUUCCUGGAGCCCAGCAGCACAAGCGCCCCCGGCGACGAUAUGAAGAAAUCGAGCGCAUGUACAAGUGCGGAUGGAACGGUUGCGAGAAGGCUUACGGCACGCUGAACCACUUGAACGCCCAUGUCACCAUGCAAUCGCAUGGACAGAAACGAACCCCUGAAGAAUUCAAGGAGAUACGUAAGGAAUGGAAACAGCGCAAGAAGGAGGAAGAAGCACAGCGCAAGGCUGAGGAAGAGCGACAGCGCGCCGCCGUUGCCGCCGCGCAAGCUCACAACGGUGGACCUGAUCAAGGCCCUGAUGUUCCUCCGACGUCGACUUAUCCAGGCUCUCGACCUGUCCAGCUGCCUCCCAUUGGAUACCAACCAAACCAAUAUCCCGCUCCUCCGUCAGGGGCAGUCGCGCAACAGCAGAUUGCAGACUACGGUACCAGUCAUAUGUACCAAAACUACCAGCCUCAUUCGCCAUACGGCCAGCCAACUCAGGGCCUGUACGGCCAGUCAAAUGGUGGCCCACCUGCGAGCCACUAA